UGGAAAUCGACUUACACCUGGCCAAGUUCUGUAGUCUCCAUUACAGAUCUUGAAGACAACCGUCCCUUCACGACCAAUCGGCUCUAUCUCGACUGUCUCUUGAUCUUCAUGCCUAAGAACCAUCAGCCUACGCUGUACUCGAAGAUUCGUUGCCUAGUGGUGUGUAUCUGACGGAACUGUUUUUUCAUGCAGCCCAAUACAGCGGACUCGCAACAAAACGAUCCUGAUUCAAUUCUUCAGCCCAGAUAUUCUUGUGUGCAUGACUCUUGCGGUCCGAAUUUCCCUGUUCAACGUGUGGCAAAGGCCGCAAACGUGUUCUUUUAAGCUUCAUUUAAAAGGGUCCUUGAGUUACUCUUGAGACCUCUUCUGGGGGCAAACAUCCUUGUUACGACAAAUCCCUAUACAAGCAUGGUGUCGUAAGUACAAGGCGACGGAGGGGAGAAACGUCGCCACGACUUCCAGAACGUGAUCACCAAAACAGGCAAGUCCGGAAAAGUCGGAGUCGGAGAGCCGUUAUGAAUCUUAUGAUGAGGGGAAUGUGGGGAAAGGGACCAAGCUCCUGAUGCAUAUCCAUGCUGUCCUGAUCAACUCUAGACAUUUCGCUGCAGGUCUCGCUACAUGAACGCGAAUUACUGCGUAAAGACACUGACAAGAAGAAGAGUAGGAAAGUUUCAGGAAUUUCAGCGUAGGGGGUCCAUAGGAGUCGUUGGCCGGGAUAUUCAAAGGUGGCUUGCAGGGAAAUUACAUUGGUGCUGUUGACAAUUGGACAGACUGUCGGUUGAUACCGGCGAUGUGCAUUUUCUGGGCAGAAGCGCAAUUACGCCAUUCUCAGGAAACGUGAUUCAUUCAAGCGACCGAAUCUUCGAAUCUUAUGUGUGGGUCACAUAAAGGGUCUAGUACUAGUGCAGGCUCACCUCCUCAUUUCCCACCAACUCCCCUAUCCUGCUACGAACGGGUCUUAGUUUCCCCUCCCAAUCCCCUCCCCCACAAUAUUGUACCAUGCCACACAAUCCGAACAAAGUCACUGAACGCUUGUUCCAGUCUCCUUCCAAGUACAUCCAAGGCCCGUCUGCAUUUCACAAUGCAGCGAAAUACCUCGAACCGUUGGGUAAAGCACCCCUGUUGACGUGUGACGCCAUUGUGUAUAAGAUUGCUGGAAAGCAAUUGAUCGACUCGCUCCAAGCAGCUAACCUCAAAGUCACCUACGCCGAAUUUGGUGGCGAAAUUACCACCCCAGAAAUUAGUCGUCUCCAAAAAAUAGCCCAAGACAACACCUCUGACUUUAUCAUCGGUGUUGGCGGAGGGAAGACUCUCGAUUGCGUGAAAGCCAUCGCAGCUGCCCUCCAAGUCCCUGUGGCUAGUUUACCAACAAUCGCGGCUACAGACGCACCAUGCUCAGCUGUCUCGGUGGUAUAUACACCCGAAGGUCACUUCGAUCACUACAAAUUCCUGAAAAAUCCAGAUAUCGUACUUUUGGAUACUUCUGUGAUCGCACAAGCUCCUGCUAGGUUCCUUGCUGCUGGUAUGGGUGACGCUAUCGCAACACACGUUGAAGCGAAGACGUGUAGGCAGAGUGUUAAUCCUGGUGGUGGUUUACCUGCGGAACUCUCGACCGCUAUUGGUGAAAAGUGCGAGGAGACCCUAUUCAAAUAUGGCAAGCUUGCGUAUGAGGCAAAUAAGUUGAAAGCCGUCACACCUGCAUUCGAAGCUGUCGUUGAGGCUAACACAUUACUGAGCGGAUUGGGCUUUGAGUCUGGAGGUGUUGCUGCUGCACAUAGCAUUCAUAACGGAUUUACGGCGAUUGAGGCUUUGCAUGCUCUUCUCCACGGCGAGAAAGUCGCCUUUGGUACAAUCGCCCAACUCGUCUUGACCAAUAGUCCCACUGCCGAGCUUGACAGAUACAUUUCAUUCAUGCUCUCUGUCGAUCUGCCCGUUACUUUCGAACAAAUGGGUAUCCCUAAUGUUACCAACGACGAAUUGCGUCUUGUAGCCAAAUUUGCGACAGCACCAGGAGAAACAAUCUGGUCGAUGGAUAUAAGCGAUAAAGUGAAUGAAGAAGCUGUGUUCUGGGCUAUCAAAGGUGCGGAUGCUGCGGGGAGGGAGUUCAUCCGGAGGACCGGGUGGACAAAGGCAAGGGUGUAGAAGAUACACUUUUCGACUCAGCCUUCGCAGGGUUGAUUCUUUGAUGAUUCCUUGUUCCUCGUUGGACUUGUAUACAUCAGCAAAACUACAUGCAAACUUGGGAGAAUUUGGAAGGCCUUGACAAUUAAAUGGAAGCUGCAGAUUAACGUCGCGGGAACGAAAGGGACUCGCUCGAAAGCACUAUGGUAAUGACCUUACACCUUGGCAAUUUCAGUACUUUCGGUGAAGGACUAGUGACUGCAUCCUGUGCAUUCGAUUCUAAUUCGAUGCAUCGUCUCAUCCUAAAAAUACACGACGUUUCUGUAUGUCCCGUUAGAUCUGGGCCAGCCUGAGGUUCCGCUACACGAACUUUCUACCAAGGGAUAACCGAGCCAUCGUAAUUCACAAACGGAACAGCAUCCUGUUUCUUCGCCUCCUGGAUCACUUUGAUCACACCCUUUGCACUCUCCUGAGUACUGAUAGGUUUCAAACCAGGAACACGUUCCUGAAUCCAAGCGUCGAUAUUAUUCCCUAACUCAGUGUCGACCCAUCCCGG